GAGCGCUGCGGGGCGGAGAUGGGAGGCCCGGGCUGCUCUGGGAGUAGUAGUUCCGCGGCACACUUGUUCCCUCUGCCCGGGCGGUCGCUCCACACCACGCAACCGAGACACAGCGACUCGUCCGCUGGGACCCUACCGCCCCGCCCCAGCCGACCGCGCAAGCGGGGGCGGGCCUCUACGCGGUGCGGCCAAUGGGGACUGGGCCUGAAGGCCGGGGCGGGGCGGCCCCGGCGCGACGCCCGGAGUGGCGGUUGUUUCAAGAUGGCGGACGUGGCGGGCCCCUCCCGCCGGGGCGCGACAGCGUUCUGGAGUCGGGACUUUUCUGAUGAAGAACAAUCAGUAGUAUAUGUUCCAGGAAUUUCUGCAGAAGGAAAUACCAGAUCAAGACACAAGUUAAGUCCAAAAGCUGAUGUUAAACUUCCGACUUCCAGGGUUACUGCCACGUCAAUCUCCGUGGAGUCUUUAAAAGGUGCAGGAGAUUCAGUAGAUGAACAGAAUUUCUGCAGGGGAGGACUAAAGAGUGCGUCGUUGAAGGAUUUGUGUCUUGAAGACAAAAGACGCAUUGCAAAUUUAAUUAAAGAAUUGGCCAGAGUAAGUGAGGAAAAGGAAGUGACAGAAGAACGAUUCCGAGCCGAGCAGGAAUCAUUUGAGAAGAAGAUCAGGCAGUUGGAAGAACAGAAUGAUCUGAUCAUCAAAGAAAGGGAAGCUCUUCAGCUACAGUAUAGAGAAUGCCAAGAACUUCUAAGUCUCUAUCAGAAAUAUCUAUCAGAACAGCAAGAGAAGCUCACCAUGUCUCUCUCAGAACUUGGUGCUGCUAGAAUGCAGGAACAACAGGCAUCCAAUAGGAAAAGCACUCUUCGGUCUUCAGCUAUGGAACUAGAUGGUUCCUACUUGAGUGUAGCCAAAUCACAAACCUGCUAUCAAACCAAGCAGAGGCCUAAGUCUACAAACCAGGAGUUUAGGAAUAAUUCUUUGAAACCAGCAGACUUUCAUUAUCCUGAAACAGACCUAGACAGGGUGCCAUCAGAGACCAGAACAUGUGAUUAUGGAUCCCCAGGGAGAAAACUAGCAAAUGCAGUCCCUACAGAGAAGGUUCCACCAGCGGAAUUGAAGAUAAAAGAAUGCCAAACCCUGAAGCCUAUUCCAUCCAGUCAGUGUUGUGGUCAUAGACUUUCUGAAAACGCAGAUCCUAUUCCUGAAAGCCAUCCUACACACAUGGCCCCUCAAUAUUCCAGAGCACAUCUGGAAUCAUGCAGUUAUUGUGGGCUUUCCUGGACAUCCCGGAUGCAUGGUCAAGGGACACAGCAGUCUAGUGAAACUGAUGUCAAAAAGCAACUCUCAGAAAAUAGAAGGCACCAACUUAUGCUUCAGAAAAUGGAGCUGGAAAUUGAAAAAGAGCGCCUUCAGCAUCUGCUGACCCAGCAGGAGACAAAGCUUCUCCUAAAACAGCAGCAGCUUCAUCAGUCUCGACUGGAUUAUAAUUGGUUAAGAACUCAAGCUGUAUUUAAGUCAAGAGAACUCCUUGCUGCUAAAGAGUUUACCAAACCCCGAGAGUUCAAACUGGAUAUGAAUGGGGAUGACUCUGGACCAAGUUUAUUGAAGUCAAAAUGUGAUGGGUGGCUGCUGGGAGCAUCAUCGUCCAUCAAAAAACACCAAGAGUCCACUAACAGCAGUGAGAAUAGAAGAGAGAAGAAGUCAGUUGGGUUUCAAUCACAUACAGAAGAUGAUACCCUAUGGACAUGUCAAAAGAGAGAUACAUAUCGACCCCAAAGAGGAACAGUGGCAGGAGUUAGAAAAGAUGCAUCCACAUCUCCUAUGACGAUAGGAAGCCAAAAGGAGCUUGGAAUCACAAGCUCAUCAGCACUGCAGCAGGACACUUCUCGGUAUGAGACCUCUCUGCUGGAUUUGGUUCAAUCUCUGAGUCCAAAAUCUGCUCCCAAACCUCAACCCCAUCCCUCCAGAGAAGCUGGGGCCUGGAUUCCCAGUAAUCGCCGACUCAGUCCUCGAAAAUCAACCUGGAACAAGAUGGGGACAGGCAGGACCCCCGAAGACCUGGAGGAGAAUCAAAUUCUGGAAGAUAUCUUUUUCAUUUGACGUUGAAACACACGCUACAAAAUUUCCAUCUGAAAUGUGUGGGCUUCUUUAUAUCCUGAUCUAGGAUUUUAAAUUAUUUGAUCGCAAACUAACCGUGUCUCUCCUUUCACAGGGGCCUCUCUCACUAACAUCCUGUUAUGUGUUGAACAUAGAAAUCAUGUUACAAACCCAGAGUGGUUUUGUUCAGACCCCUCAGUAGGUGACACAUUAAGGGCAGGGUGGGGGAGGGCAGUAUCUUUUCUAUGCCAAGCAGAGAUUAGAAAAUUAACAUAGGACCCUUUCUACAUGCAAAGGCCUUUACAUAUUCAGCCUCAUUUCCAGAGUGUUUCCUUCUCAAUACUUAGUGGGAAAAGGUUGGUUCUCUUUUAUGCACAAGGAAGACCUUUUCACAGAAAAAUCCCUCUGAUUUAAAAGUAGCCCCUUUGCAACAUAAGCAGUUUCAGAAAGACAGCCUCUUUACCUCUCCACCUCACCUUUACCUCUGUUCCCUCAUUGCCUACCUCUGUAUACGUGUAGUCAUUUAAUUCCGAAGUUGGAGUUGGUGUCCCUACCAUCGCAAGCAACACCCAACAACCAAUUUCGAGUCAGUUCCAGUAAUCAUCAGCCGUAACCAAAG